UUUUUAUGUUGUUUGAAACUGUUCAACAGUGGUAAUUGUUUGAUCAAUAUCCUAAUUCCCAACCUCAUAUUUGUAAGUUUAUACAUUUCUAUAACAUUAUUCCGACACAAAUGGAGAAUCUAAAAGAAGAAAAUGUAUAUAAUAACGAAUUAUGUGCGAUAAAUAUGAUGCACAAGAAAUACGAAAAUCAGACAUCUCAAAUUUCCAUAAGCGAAUUUUUAAACUUUUUGAAAACGGCGUAUCAGGUUCAAGAUUCAAUAGAAGGAAUAUUGAUGCAAGAUGGUAUGGUUGAAGCAGUAAACUGGCUGAAAGUGAAGGAAGCUGAACUCAAUAAAAAAUGUAAAAGUAUUUCGGCCCAAACUUCUGAGAGUACGAUUCUAAAGAAAUCAGCAGAUGAGAAAAAAGAUCAACCUAAACGAAAGAAUUCGAUACAAAAUUUAAACCAAGACUCCGAUGUUCUGAAGAAAAAAUUGAGUGAAGUUUUAUCCGAAGGCUUAUUGGAUUCCGUUUUGCCAUAUUUAACACAAAAUCCCAGUGGAAGAAUUCAUAGAAGUUAUUCGUGUGCUUCUAUUAAAAAUAAUGAGAAACCAAAUCCAAAAAUCCAAAACUUAAACUCGACAAAUGAAAAACUUAUUAGAAGAUCUAGUGAGUCAUCGACCAAAACUGGACUAAUUUUAACAGAUUCUGAAGUGGAAAUUCAUGUUUGUGAUGAAGUAAAGAGCAUGAAAAAAAACUUUUAUGUAAACCAGAAACUUUUGGUGGAGAAAAUGGGAUAUUUCGCAGAAGUUACAUUAGGUCAGAAACUGGAAGACAUGGAUAUUUCCGUUCACUGUGAUAUCGGCAUAUUCGAGUGGUUGAUGCAGUGGGUUAAGAAAGAGUCAGUGCUCGAAGCAGAUUGGCCUCAACUGGAUGCCCAGUGCGUUGUUCCCAUUUUAGUAUCGGCAGCAUUUUUACAAAUGGAACCUCUUUUACAAGAUUGCCUUUUAUAUUGUCAUCAGCACAUGAAUGAGAUAUUAAGAAGUUCUGCUAAUUUGAGUUGUCUGAACGAUACGGUUCUAACAAGGUUGGCAGCAAUGUAUACGAACAGUGAAAUCGAAUCCAUCAAAGACAGAAAAGAUAAAAUCCAAUCGAAACUUUUUGCAAAACUAAUUCAGUCACUGGCUGAACCUGAUCCUGAAAGCGUUAGAGGACAUUGGUGCUCAUUAGCAAGGAUAUUCAGGUGUGAAAGGUGUUACCAACUGAUAAAUCCAAACGUAGCAUCCAAAAUACCUUGUACACCUUCUUGUAUGAGGCUUGAACCUGAUGGUUCCAUUAUUAGUUUACAUAUCAGAGACUCAUCAUGGGAUAUAAACGCUUAUAUUCUAGAAUUAAAACAAACCCUUAAAACCUGGAGAAAAGUAUAUUGGAAAUUAUGGGGAGACUGUCAUUUUCUAUUCUGCAGUGUCUGUAAGAGAUAUUUUCAAGUUAAUCAAAUUGGCUGGUGCAGAUAUCAUCCGGAUACGCCACAGUUUUUUACUCUGGAUGCUCAAAGAGCUCCUCUGCCUAUUGGACGUUUCCCUUGCUGUGGAGAUCGAGCUUACAGAUUUCAGUUAUUAGAAAAUAACACUGGUUGUCAGUUUAAACAACACAUAGUGAACCUUGAGGAUGUCAGACAUUCUGCAAUUUUUACUAUGUUAGAAAAUUACAGGCAUAUAUUGGAAGAAGAACCGCCUCAACUGUUAUUUCCAGAAAGACUCACGCGACUCGUCGCUAGAGAUUCCAUAACCAAUUCAGAGAAAUUCGUUUGCAAAGAACUUUUUUGGUGGGACGGAUUUGAAAUUAUUCCUACUCGUCCAAAAUUGGGACUGCUGAGUUGCUUCGCGAGCAGAGUGUCAGACGAGCUGGAUUCUUUAAUUUCCGAUGAAAGUACAACAGAAGAAUUUACAGAAGAGGAGACAAUUUCUUCUGUGUCGAUGGGAAGUGAAGAAUGCAGCGACGAAAGUAAUCCACCUCCAAAAAAGACUGUAACAAGAAAACCCAGAAAGCAAAACGAAGGCAGGCUUUGGCAAUAUAACUUAUCUGCUCGAAGCAAUCAAGAUAUUCAGAGGGCUUACGAAGAAGGCUUACUGAAAGAAGUGGCUAUUCUUUUAGACAGAAAUAUUACCAGCAGUUCAGUAACCAGGAAUACCAGAACAACUGGGAAGAAUUUAACACCACUAGGUGGGCUUUGGGUACGACUAGAAUAUGAAUGGAAGGACACUUUAAAUCAAAAGGAAUUGCAGGCAAAAAUGAAGAACGUUAUUUCGAAUAAGUUUUAUAAACCGCGACCGAAGUUUUAAUUCGAAUUAUUACUGAAAUAAAAAAAAA